CAUGGAUGAUUUCUAAUAGGGGAGGCACCGUAGUCGUCAGUCAUCACCGUGCUUGUGCAAGCUAGCUAGACCGAUCAAGAUAUGGAGUGUUCAGACGCGAGGAUGUUAUUGGUAGUGUUGAUGAUUGUGGUAGCUGGCUCUAGGCAAGCCUCUUGCAACGUCGUUCAGUUCAUAUUUGGGGAUUCCCUGUCGGAUGUGGGAAAUAACAUGUACCUCACUAGGAGCCUGGCAAGACCAAGUCUGCCAUGGUAUGGGAUCGACUUCGGCAACGGAUUGCCCAACGGCAGGUUUUCUAAUGGUCGAACAGUUGCAGACAUAAUCGGUGACAAAAUCGGUCUUCCCAGGCCGCUUGCAUUCCUCGAUCCAUCUUUAAACGAAGACAUCAUACUAGAGAGCGGAGUUAAUUAUGCCUCUGGUGGUGGUGGCAUCUUGAAUGAAACCGGUGGCCUUUUUCUGCAAAGAUUUUCACUCUACAAGCAGAUAGAGUUGUUUCGAGGAACACAAGAGCUGAUAAGGAAUAAAAUUGGUGCUGAAGCAACAGAUAAGUUCUUCCAACAAUCCUUCUACAUAGUGGCUUUAGGGAGCAAUGACUUCAUUAACAACUACUUACUGCCAGUAUACAGGGAUUCAUGGAAGUACUCAGACGAUGGCUUCAAUGAGUACUUAAUGAUGACUCUGGAACAACAGCUCAAGCUACUGCAUGGCUUAGGGGCUCGGCGAUUGAUAGUGUUUGGGUUAGGACCCAUGGGUUGUAUUCCCCUCCAACGUGUCCUAACUUCAUCAGGGGACUGCCAAGAGAAAACCAACAAUCUGGCCAUCAACUUUAACAAAGCUGCUGAGAAGCUUUUACAGGAUCUUUCGGGCAAUCUCCCCAACACAAGCUUCAGAUUUGGAGAUGCUUACGACAUGGUGAAUGAUGUGAUUAGUAAUCCUGAUAAAUACGGAUUUGACAACUCAGACUCCCCAUGUUGCACAAUUGGACGGAUUCGGCCCUCUCUUACAUGUAUCCCCGUGUCAAGAUUGUGCAAAGAUAGAAGCAAAUAUGUUUUCUGGGACGAGUAUCACCCGUCAGAUAGAGCAAAUGAGUUGAUUGCUGAUGAGAUCAUCAGAAAGCUUGGACUUUCACAACUCAAUACAACAAAUUCGUUUUCACAAUCAACAGCCCCUUCCCCUGCCCCUUUCUCCUAGCUAGCGUCAUUGCUGACAUUUAUACGUACGUUCGGCUUUUUUUAAUAUUAAUGAACUUCACUUCACCUUUGCCGAGUUCUUCUUUGUACGUGUUUGUGCUGAAAUCUUGUUUUUACAGUAGGUAAUGCUAUACUACAACGGGUAUUUGUCUUGAUUUUGACGAUGCAUCUCAUAAA